AUGGAUGGCCCAGGGCUGAGCUGGCUGGUGAAUCACUCUUUCCCCCUUCCACUGGGCUCUGCUCAAUAUCCUGAGCUCAGACUGGACCUCCUCGACAGGAAAGAUUCCUGCUUGCAGCUGGCUGCCAUGAGGAAUGUGAACAUCAUCCUGCAGCACUAUAACUUCACGGGAAAGCUGACCAACCGGCAGUCCCGGGAUGAGGGCAUGGGUCUCAUCCGCACAACAUUUGUCAUCAUCAGCUGCAUCAUCAUACUGGAGAACCUGCUCGUGCUGCUGGCCAUCCUGCGGUGCCUGCGAGCCCGGCGCUGGGUCUACUCCUGCAUUGCCAGCAUCACCGUGAGCGACCUGCUUGCAGGUGUUGCCUACCUUUCUAAUCUCUGCCUCUCAGGCAAGAAGACCUUCCAACUUUCACCUCAGCUCUGGUUCCUCCGGGAAGGCAUCCUCUUCAUUGCACUGGCUGCUUCCACGUUCAGCUUGCUUGUGACGGCCAUUGAGCGCUACAGUGCCAUGGUAAGGCCAAUUGCUGAGAACGAAGCCAGCAAGACCCUGCGCUUGCGUGGCCUCAUUAUCUCCUGCUGGCUUCUGGCCUUCAUCAUUGGGCUGCUUCCACUGCUGGGCUGGAACUGUCUGUGCGACUUCAAUGCCUGCUCUGUCCUCCUGCCCCUCUACUCCAAGAACUACAUCCUCUUCUCUGUGGUCAUGUUCAGCAUCAUCCUCCUAGGGAUCAUUGGUCUCUACAUCUCCAUCUUCCAGCUGGUCCAGGCCAGUUCUAAGCAAACCACUUCUCGGCACAGCCGCAAACGAUCCCUACGCUUGCUCAAGACUGUGCUGAUGAUCCUGGGUGCCUUCAUCAUUUGCUGGAGCCCUCUCUUUGCCCUGAUGCUCUUUGAUGUAUUCUGUGAGACACAAACCUGCAGACUCCUCCACAGCCUGGACUGGACCUUGGCUCUGGCCAUGCUCAACUCGGGAGUUAACCCCAUCAUUUACUCCCUCCGCAGCGUGGAGGUGCGCCGUGCUGUGGGAAGCCUGCUGUGCUGCUGCUGCCUCAGGGUUGGGCUUUGCAAGCCUGGGGACUGCCUGGUCAUCACAGACAUCAACUCUGGCUCAUCCACGGAGAGCUCCCUGCGCUACCGGGAGAGCUUCCGCAGCUCUGUGGCCCUGAAUGCCCGGCCCAGAGCACCUCUCUCCAGCAACUCCAGCAUGAUGAGCAAUCUCCCCAGCCUCUGAGAGGCCGUGGGGAGAGAAGGGAUGGCCAGACAGCCCUCCAGGACUUCACGCUGCUGGUUCUGGCCUGUCAGAACUGUCUGAUGAUCAGCUCGGGCUGACCAGGUGCUGUCUCACCUCAGCUGUUAACUGUGGCCAGGCUUUCCAGCCCCUUUUGACCAGGAUGUUGCUUCAUUGUGGGUGCAGCAUGGGAACAGUCAUUGCUGCCCUGAUGGGAUACAGGCACAGUCUGGGAUCGAUGCAAUGCUGAGACAACUGCUGUGCCUAGCUUCCAGGUGGGCCCUGCUCUCUGUGUGCAUGUUCAUAGAUGCUGUACCUGCCCUGGCAAGGGCAUUUUCCUCCAGGGCACGACGAGGGACAGGAUGGCUAUCCCCAUCUAGACUAUCCCAACCCUUUAGGGUCAGGCUAGGCUGGCAGUGCUGCCACAGCAUGUCAUGCAGGGCUGCAGGUGACACCUGAGUCUUCUCCUGUAGCUUAUAGCCUUCUGGAGUCACUGCAGUGGGCACAGCUGCUGGAAAGGAAUGUGGGUUUGUUGUCUUUGCAGGGAGUUAGGAACUGGGAUUGCAAGUGAAAAUGUGUGUGGCUGGGGUCAGCUCAGAGGUCCAAGGCCAGGAGCCACGUGCCCACCUGCUGUGCAGCACAAACCUCUCACAGGACUGGCAGAGGGCUGCAGCAGCAACCUGAUCCCUCACAGGAGUGCAGAGGUGGGCACUGUGCCCAGCCAAGUGCUGUGAUUGUUUCCAGCCUGGCAGCAAGAGCUCUGCUGUGCCUCUGGGCACGGAUCUGCACCUGCAUUGACAGCCCUGGCACCACCGUGUGCAACGGGAGGUAUGACAGGACGAUGACUCUGGUGUCUGGUGCCACCAUGGCACCUUGCCAAAC